GGCGGGAGAGCUGGCUUGGGGCGCUGGCGCCUCUUCUUACAGCUUUACUCCUGCCGGCUUGGGAAAAGGCCGGAGAAGGUGAAAUUCUGUGUGCUCCCUCCGGCGAGAGACUUUGUCAGCUCCCGCACAGUAACAUCCUGAAUAAAGUCAAAACUCAACCAACAGGUGGAAGUCCAAGAAUCCGAAUGGAGGCUCACCGAGGCGAAGGGGCCAACCAUGGGAAAGGAGAGUGGAUGGGACUCAGGCAGGGCUGCUGUAGCAGCUGUGGUCGGAGGAGUUGUGGCUGUGGGGACUGUGCCCGUGGCGCUCAGUGCCAUGGGCUUCACCUCAGUAGGAAUCGCCGCAUCCUCCAUAGCAGCCAAGAUGAUGUCUACAGCAGCCAUUGCCAGGGGGGGAGUUGCUGCUGGCAGUCUGGUGGCUAUUCUGCAGUCAGUGGGGGCAGCUGGACUCUCUGUGACAUCUAAAGUUAUCCUGGGCUUUGCUGGGACAGCUCUUGGGGCCUGGCUGGGUUCACCCCCUUCCAGCUGAACACCACACUGAGGCAGGGAGUUGGCUCUCUUGGUGGAGAUGACUUUCCUGGGCCUCUGGAUGACAAUCUUCCAAAGGACAAGUCUCCUACUCCCAAAACUAUUUAAGGAAGCAUGAAAAAUAAAGAUGCUGGUUAUCUUC